GAAUGUAACGUGAAGCAUUUGCUCUCUUCUUUCCUUCUCACAUUUUCAUGCAGGACACAGAACAGACACAUUGUCUCUGGUCAAAAGAAAAGGUCUUUAAAGGGGGGGAAAAAGCCUGAAAUGGGUCUGCUGAGUUCUAAAAACCCCCAAACGAAGCAAGCCCGAAUUCUUCUUCUGGGACUUGAUUCAGCUGGGAAGUCUACUCUCCUUUAUAAAUUAAAGCUUGGUAAGGAUAUUACAACCAUCCCAACAAUAGGUUUCAACGUGGAGAUGAUCAAGAUGGAAAAGAGUCUUUCGCUCACAGUCUGGGAUGUUGGAGGACAGGAAAAAAUGAGAACUUUUUGGGGUUGUUACUAUGAGAACACUGAUGGGCUGAUGUAUGUUGUGGACAGUACGGACAAACAACGACUGGAAGACUCACGGAGAGAGUUUGAGCACAUUUUGAAGAAUGAACACAUUAAAAAUGUGCCUGUCGUCCUAUUAGCCAACAAACAAGAUGUGCCUGGAGCCCUGACCGCCGAGGACAUUACCAGAAUGUUCAAAGUGAGGAAGCUCUGCAGCGACCAGAACUGGUAUGUGCAACCCUGCUGUGCCAUCACAGGGGACGGGCUGAUCGAGGGAUUCAGGAAAUUAACUGGAUUUGUGAAAAGCCACCUGAAAUCGAGAGGAGACACUUUAGCAUUCUUCAAGCAGAACUGAGGCUGUGAAAAGGGCCAAGCCUCAAAAGAGAUACUGAUGAAGUUGAAAGGGUAAUUUUUUUCCAUGUCAAGUGGGGAAAAGCAAGUUAUUGACUUGAUAAACUUUUCCUGAGAUGUUAUUUCACAUAUGUUCAGUAAAACAACUCAAAAUAAUAUCCAGAAAAUGUUUUUCUUUAGCGAGGAACUUUAGCAAACUAUGUGGUUAUGAUUACUGAGAAUGAAAAAGUUGUAAUGUUCUGCAAAAUUUUAGCAUGUUGGAUGAUUCGGAAUAGUCAUA